GAGGGUUUUUUUUAAAGCAACAUCUGGCGUCUAGAGUUAAAAACAUUUUAAUGUUUACGUUGAGAUGAUCUCAUUCGCUCUUUGCAAGUUUCCCAAUAGGCGGCAACAGGUGCAUUUCCAGUUGGUGGGCGCGCGUGAUUUCAGCACAGUGGAGCCCACGCGAUUGCUCCAACUUGUGUCAGUCCGUCCCCAGCCACAGAGAGGAUAAUUGACAGCAGUGGAUUGACUGCCCCUGCCAGCGCGUCCUCUCGGAUACGCCGUGAAUCUGCAGGCAGGCACCCGGAUGUGGCGAAAAUGUUUGGUGCUCCUCUCAGGGUCUGCGCUCGGAAAACAUUUUAUGAUUCAGGUUAAAGGCUCUGUUCAGGUUUCGCGCCUUCGACACCUUCGGACGGUUUUUCCAACGAUGAGUUGGAUUUAAAACGGAUCUUUUCGAUGUGGAUUCGAGGAUGCAAGAAGCAGAUGAACAGUCUGAAGGGGCACAGUAUGCCAGCAACAGAAGGACCACUCCCCCAACUGACACCUCAGCUCCCUGGUCAGAAAGAAACACCCAUCUGCACCAGCUCCAUCCAUCACAGUCCCUUCAUCCUCCAGCUAGCACCGGCAAGCCUGUCGGCUCCGCUCAUGGCCUCCUCGGGGCCAACAACUCCAUUCAGGGCCCCGGUGGAGCUGCACCCGGAGUCAGCCCAGUCCUCGCUUGGCAUGCCGCCAUUAGCGCAGCCCGGCAAGCGCAGGGCGAUCCUGAAAAGCCCAACAUAAGUUCACGUCCCUCAGUUUGUACCACUUCUGCGCCAGCUCCUGUGGGCUCACUGGCACAGAAGAAGAGGCAGCAGUAUGCCAAAAGCAAAAAGCAGGGAGGAUCCACCAGCGGCAGACCACCCAGAGCCCUUUUCUGCCUCACCCUCAACAAUCCGAUCCGCAGAGCCUGCAUCAGCCUGGUGGAGUGGAAGCCCUUUGAUAUCUUUAUACUGCUGUCUAUUUUUGCCAACUGUGUGGCCUUAGCCAUCUACAUCCCCUUUCCUGGAGACGACUCCAACUCUACCAACCAAGAACUGGAGACAGUAGAAUAUGCCUUCCUCAUCAUUUUCACAAUAGAGACAUUUCUGAAGAUUAUUGCCUACGGUCUGGUGAUGCACCAAAACUCCUACGUCAGAAACGGCUGGAACAUGCUGGACUUUGUCAUCGUCAUUGUGGGGUUGUUCAGUGUGGUUCUGGAGAUGAUAACCAAAGAUGCAGAUUCUGGUGGUCAGUCUGGAGGCAAACCUGGAGGGUUUGACGUCAAGGCCCUCCGAGCCUUUCGCGUGCUACGACCCCUUCGCCUUGUCUCUGGAGUUCCCAGUUUACAGGUGGUUUUAAAUUCCAUUAUUAAAGCCAUGGUUCCCUUGCUUCACAUUGCUCUGCUGGUCCUCUUUGUCAUUAUUAUCUAUGCCAUCAUUGGCCUGGAGCUUUUUAUUGGCAAAAUGCAUGCCACCUGUUACGUGACAGAAACAGGUGCCCUCGCAGAGGAAGAGCCGGCGCCAUGUGCAAUAUCAGGGCAUGGGCGUCAUUGCCUUCUCAAUGGUACAGUUUGCCGGGAGGGCUGGCAAGGCCCCAACAAUGGCAUCACCAACUUUGACAACUUUUUGUUUGCCAUGCUCACUGUGUUCCAAUGCAUCACCAUGGAAGGCUGGACUGACGUUCUCUACUGGAUGAAUGAUGCAAUGGGCUUUGAGCUGCCGUGGGUCUACUUUGUCAGCCUCGUCAUCUUUGGAUCCUUCUUUGUUCUUAACUUGGUUUUGGGUGUGCUGAGUGGAGAGUUCUCCAAAGAGCGAGAAAAGGCCAAGGCUCGAGGUGAUUUCCAGAAGCUGCGUGAGAAGCAGCAGUUAGAAGAAGACCUGAAGGGCUACUUGGACUGGAUCACGCAGGCAGAGGACAUCGACCCUGAGAACGAGGAGGAGGGAGAUGAGGAGGGCAAGCGUAACCGGGUCACGCUGGCUGACCUUACUGAGAAGAAGAAAGGAAAGUUUGGCUGGUUCACUCAGUCCACAGAGACACAGGCGAGCAUACCCACAAGUGAGACAGAAUCAGUGACCACAGACAAUCACAACGGAGAGGAAGACAAAUCACCGUGCUGUGGUCCGCUGUGUCAAAAAAUUACUAAAUCAAAGUGCAGCCGUCAGUGGCGUCGAUGGAACCGUUUCUGCCGCAGGAAGUGUCGUGCAGCUGUGAAAUCGGUGACCUUUUAUUGGCUCGUCAUCAUCUUGGUGUUCCUCAACACUCUUACCAUCUCCUCUGAGCACUACAACCAGCCAGACUGGCUGACUGAAGUACAGGAUGUUGCCAACAAAGUUCUUCUGGCCUUGUUCACCUUGGAGAUGCUGGUGAAAAUGUACAGCUUGGGGUUGCAGGCCUACUUUGUAUCCCUGUUUAACCGCUUUGACUGUUUCGUGGUGUGUGGCGGCAUCGUAGAGACCAUCCUGGUGGAGUUAGCGAUCAUGUCUCCUUUGGGUAUCUCUGUAUUGCGCUGCGUACGCCUCCUUCGAAUCUUCAAAGUCACACGUCACUGGGCGUCUCUCAGUAACCUGGUGGCCUCUCUCCUCAACUCCAUGAAGUCCAUCGCAUCCCUGUUGCUGCUGCUUUUCCUCUUCAUCAUUAUCUUUUCCCUGCUUGGCAUGCAGCUUUUUGGGGGAAAGUUUAACUUCGAUGAAACUGUGACUAAAAGAAGCACUUUCGAUAACUUCCCCCAGGCCCUUCUCACUGUUUUCCAGAUCUUGACAGGAGAAGACUGGAACACAGUAAUGUAUGAUGGCAUCAUGGCAUACGGUGGUCCUGCCUCCUCUGGAAUGGUCGUCUGCAUUUACUUCAUCAUCCUCUUCAUUUGUGGAAACUACAUCCUGCUAAAUGUUUUCUUGGCCAUCGCCGUUGACAACCUGGCAGAUGCAGAGAGUCUCAACACAGCGCAGAAAGAGGAGGAAGAGGCAAAGAAGAGGAAGAAUAGUGCAAGGGAUGCAAGCGCUGAUAAGAAGAGAUGUGACAUAGCAGAAAGCAAAGAUGGCGAGACCAAGGUGCCACUGGAGGGCUUGCAAGAGGAAAACAAAGAGUUGUAUCCUUCCAGUGACUCUCCAGUGUGUGAUGAUGGUACCGACAAUGACGAGCUCCCAGAAGUCCCGUCUGGACCUCGGCCUCAGCGACUUUCUGAACUCACCAUCAAAGAAAAGAUUCCACCCAUCCCCGAAGGCAGCGCCUUCUUCAUUUUCAGCAGCACAAAUCCGUUUCGUGUAUUCUGCCAUAAGCUGAUCAACCAUCAGAUCUUUACCAACCUCAUCCUGGUCUUCAUCAUGCUUAGCUCUGUCUCGCUGGCUGCCGAAGACCCCAUCCGCAACUUCUCUGCUCGCAAUAUCAUACUUGGUUAUUUUGACUAUGCUUUCACCGCAAUCUUUACUGUUGAGAUCCUGUUGAAGAUGACAGCAUUUGGAGCAUUCCUUCAUAAAGGGGCGUUCUGUAGAAACUACUUUAACCUAUUAGACCUGCUGGUCGUUGGUGUGUCUCUGGUGUCUUUUGGCAUUCAGUCGUCCGCCAUCUCAGUGGUGAAAAUUCUUCGUGUUUUGCGAGUUCUUCGUCCUCUCAGGGCCAUCAACAGAGCAAAGGGACUCAAGCACGUGGUCCAGUGUGUAUUUGUGGCCAUCAGGACCAUUGGCAACAUCAUGAUUGUCACCACUCUGCUGCAGUUCAUGUUCGCUUGUAUCGGAGUGCAACUUUUUAAGGGUAAAUUUUAUCGAUGCACAGAUGAUGCAAAGUCCAGCCCGGAUGAGUGCAAGGGUACAUAUAUUCUCUACAACAAUGGUGACACUGCGCUGCCCAUGGUGAAGGAGAGGAUCUGGUAUAACAGUGAAUUCAACUUUGACAACGUCCUCAUGGCCAUGAUGGCUCUUUUUACCGUUUCCACCUUUGAAGGAUGGCCCACUCUGCUGUACAAGGCCAUCGACUCCAACAGGGAGAACAUGGGCCCUAUCUACAACUACCGCAUCGAGAUCUCCAUCUUCUUCAUCAUCUACAUCAUCAUCAUUGCCUUCUUCAUGAUGAACAUCUUUGUUGGUUUUGUCAUUGUUACGUUCCAGGAGCAAGGGGAAAAGGAGUACAAGAACUGUGAGCUGGACAAAAAUCAGCGUCAGUGUGUCGAGUACGCUCUUAAAGCUCGCCCUCUUCGGCGCUACAUUCCCAAAAACCCCUACCAGUACAAGUUCUGGUAUGUGGUGAACUCCACCGGCUUCGAGUACGUCAUGUUUGUCCUAAUCAUCCUCAACACCUUAUGCCUGGCCAUCCAGCACCAUGGUCAGUCUCAUUUAUUUAACUAUGCCAUGGACAUCCUGAACAUGGUGUUCACUGGGGUUUUCACUGUAGAGAUGAUCCUCAAGCUGAUUGCCUUCAAGCCCAGAAACUAUUUUGCUGAUGCAUGGAACACGUUUGAUGCCUUAAUUGUUGUGGGUAGCGUGGUUGACAUUGCCAUCACUGAGAUCAAUUCGGCAGCCAUUCCUGUUGUCAAGGUGAUAGUGGAGCCAGGGAACACAGAGGACAGCGCUCGCAUCUCCAUCACCUUCUUCCGCUUGUUCAGGGUGAUGCGAUUGGUCAAACUGCUGAGCAGGGGUGAGGGAAUCAGGACUCUCCUGUGGACCUUCAUCAAGUCCUUCCAGGCUCUUCCCUAUGUCGCACUCCUGAUAGCCAUGCUGUUCUUCAUCUAUGCUGUAAUUGGAAUGCAGGUGUUUGGGAAAAUAGCAAUGGUAGAUGGAACACAAAUCAACCGCAACAACAACUUUCAAACCUUUCCCCAAGCCGUCUUGAUGCUGUUCAGGUGUGCUACAGGCGAGGCCUGGCAGGAGAUCAUGCUAGCCUGCAUGCCAGGCAAGCUGUGCGAUUCAGAGUCAGACUACAACCCCGGAGAGGAGAGGACCUGUGGCAGUGGCUUUGCCAUUAUCUACUUCAUCAGCUUCUACAUGCUCUGUGCUUUCCUGAUCAUAAACCUGUUUGUUGCUGUCAUCAUGGAUAAUUUUGACUAUCUGACCCGUGAUUGGUCCAUUCUCGGGCCGCACCACUUGGACGAGUUUAAAAGGAUCUGGUCAGAAUACGACCCAGAAGCUAAGGGCAGGAUAAAGCAUCUCGAUGUAGUUACUCUACUGAGGAGGAUCCAACCCCCGCUGGGCUUUGGGAAACUUUGCCCUCACAGAGUGGCCUGUAAGCGUCUGGUGGCAAUGAACAUGCCCCUGAACAGUGAUGGAACUGUAAUGUUUAAUGCCACCCUGUUUGCUUUGGUCCGCACUGCUCUCAAGAUUAAGACUGAGGGGAACCUGGAGCAAGCCAAUGAGGAGCUUAGAGCUGUGAUCAAGAAGAUCUGGAAGAGGACCAGUAUGAAGCUACUGGACCAAGUGGUGCCUCCUGCAGGCGAUGACGAGGUAACAGUGGGGAAGUUCUAUGCCACCUUCCUGAUACAGGACUACUUCAGAAAGUUCAAGAGGCGCAAGGAGCAAGGUCUUGUGGGAAGGCGCUCAUGGGAGAGGCUGAAUACCACCUUGGCUCUACAGGCUGGCUUGCGUACGCUGCAUGACAUUGGACCGGAAAUCCGUCGUGCCAUAUCGUGUGACCUCCAGGAGGAAGGACUAGUAGAUGAAAAUGGAGAAGAAGAGGAGGAAAUCUACAGACGUAAUGGCAGCCUUUUUGGGAACCAUGUCAACCACGUAGGUGGGGAUCAGCAAGGCUCUUCUCACCCCACCACCGUCACACAGCGGCCACUACAGAUCUUGCCCUUCUCCAGCGCUGCCUCAACCGAACCCCCGCAAAUCGUCAGGAGAGCCAGCAGUGACGACAGGGAAGGAGCGACAGAACUGAACUCUUCACCAAUCCUGUACAAUCAACUUCAUCACACCACUCAUUACCCUCACUGUAAUUCCACUUGUGUUCAAUCGCCAAUACCUUCCAAUGCCAACCUCAACAAUGCCAACGUGCCCUCACUUCUCUCCAUGACCAUUGCGAGGCAGCAGAAGUGUUUAAGACGGAGUCGCCCGUCCUCCACCAGAAACGCAUCAUCAACAACUACUUACAGCAAAGGACUGCAAGGCAAGCCUUGGAAGUCGCACUCCACAAGGACACGCUACUAUGAGGCCUAUAUUAGGUCAGAGAGCAGCGGAGCACUUUAUCCCACCAUUCGUCGAGAGGAGAGGGGCAAUGUGGACAGCGAUGAAGAGAGAGGCUCGGGCGAGUACUUCAGUGGGGAGGAAUUUCAUGAAGAUGACAUCAUGCUCACAAAGGAAAGGUUGUCCAACAAUGAAUGCCAUGAUGACGCAGAGGGAGAUUUUGACCUCGUUUCCAGGGGUGACUGCCAGUCUGAAGGUUACUGUGACGAUGAUCAACGGCCAAUCUACCAGGACAGCAGGCCGUCACCCAGGAAAUGGUUUUUACCCUCACCUCAAGCCUCCAACAGACCAACAUUCAGCUUUGAGUGUCUUCGGAGAAGAAGUAGUGAAGAUGAUGCUCCUCCUUCUCCAUCAUGCACAGCUCUUCCACUACACCUGAUGCAGCAACAGGUGAUGGCGGUGGCCGGUCUCGACGCAAGCAAAAUUCACCGUCUUUCUCCCACAAGGUCCAUGCGCUCGUGGGCCACACCUCCUGCCUCCCCAGUUAGCCGUGACUUCUCGCCCAGUUACACGCCACUCAUACAGGUGGAUUGGCGCAGUCCUGGCAGUGUGGCCAGCAUCCCUGGAGCAGUGAAGAGGAGUUCAUGGUACACAGAUAGUCAGGAUGGCCCUCCCAGCCAAAGCCAUUCUCCGUCACGUCUGCAUUUACCCGCAGAGUGCUGCUCGCACUGCCUGCAAAAGAGAGGCAGUGCCAACAGUCUGGUGGAAGCUGUGCUGAUUUCUGAAGGUUUGGGGAAAUACGCCAGGGACCCUAAAUUUGUGUCAGCAACUAAACAGGAGAUUGCAGACGCCUGCGAAAUGACCAUCGAUGAAAUGGAGAGUGCCGCCAGUAACCUGCUGAAUGGGACCAUGGGUAAUGGCAACACCUGGAGGAAAGAGAGCGUUGGCUCGGAUUCGCAUGCCAGUGCAAAUAUUAGGGACCACAGCAUCCGUGACUACAGCGAUGAGGAGCCAUAUGUGGCUGUGAAAUGUGAGGAGGACCUAACAGAUGAGAUGAUAUGCAUCACCUCACUAUAACAGCAGCUCACACUGGGAUAUAUUUAGGAUUUUUUCAAUUGAAUUUUUACUACUGUUCUACGGUGAGGGGACACCUCUAUUCAAGUGCAUCAUGCAAUAAUGAAAACGUGUAAAACACAGAUGGAUAAGAGAGCAAAGUGCCUUGUUUUCUCUUAAGAAAUGAUGAAGAAAUGGUUGGGUUUAUGGAAAAUUUAGCAAACCAGAGGGAAUCAAAUCUGCCUGCCAACCAGUCUGCCAUCUAGUGUGAAUUUAAACCUCUAAAUGGAGUUUUUCUUUAUUGUUACACCGGUUUCUUACAGCAGGAAAAACUCAAAUGUAGGUUUUCUAACACAGAUUUUCGGGAUCAUCGUAAUCAGCUUCAGUUCAAGGCGAUAAUGGGUCUGUCCAGCUGCAUUGUUCUAAAAUAAAUCUAAACUGUUUACUCGAUAUAUAAAGAGCCAAAAAAACAAAAAGUGUUCGACCGUUUUAAUCAUUUUUAGAUUGCAGUGCAUGAUUUUGUUUUUCCCCACAGAAGCUGAUUUUAUUAAAACAAUUUUAGAAAAAUUUCCAAAGCAUUUAACUAACUAAUGUUCCAGUUUAGAUGUCUGAAAAAACAAACAAACACCAGCGCCAGGUCAGCGUAUGGUUGUCCAGCCAUUCCAAGCUUCCCUGUAUUUCGUUGCCAGAUCCAUGUAUAUAAAUAAUGUGUGAUUUUAAACCUUUUAUUGGUCAUGUUAGCAAACACUGGUUGUUCACAUUACAUUAUUACCUUCGUGACUCGAUUUAGAGUAAAAAAAAAAAAAAAAAACUUGACAGAAACAGUUUUUUUCGUGGUAGUCUUGAUCACUUAAACUUCUCUGGGUUCACAGUUCAGGAUUUCAGGGCUAAGCUUGGCUAUGUCUCUGUUUUUGACUUGAAAAGGAAAUCACAUAUCAGUAGGGAAAAAAACAACAAGUCUUUGUCCUCAGGCAUAUCCUCUUUCUUCAUGUAAUCGCGGACGCAUUCUCUUAAGUCCUCCCUUUACACCAACAGCAGUGCUACAUUCAAGGAGUUUGAUCAAGCUACACACCCUAAAAAUAAAGGAAUAUUAGGAUGCUGUGUGUCACUCACUGCUGUGUGUCACUCACUGCCCAUGAUGAUCCUUAACUUUGGAGACUGAGUUUUCUUUGUUAAGCCCUUUACUCAGAUAUGCAAUGAUGUACAGUACCUUGAAUCACUAUUCCCCCUGAAUCACUCUGAGAUCAGCAACAGUAGAUAAUCUCUGAGGUUUCUGUGUGAUGUGGCUCAACAGACUCAUGAGUCUCUUGUGUAAAACUAGUGCAUGAGACCCGGACUACUCAUGUUUUAAAAAUAAUUACUUGCUGACAGCAUGAACUUAUCUUUGACAGUUCUUGAAGGUGAAACAAAAGUAAAAGCAAAGACCACCAGAGUUUCUUUGUGUCACAGAUGACACAUCAAGUAAACCGUUUAUUCCCUCCACAGCUGCAAAACUCUUCUUUAGUUCCCACAAGUCUCACACCAGCUGAGCUGCCGGGAAGUAGAAAAUCCUGUCAAGCGUGCUUGUUUUUGCAAUGGAAUGAAUAAGACCAUACAGGUGUCUACAUAAGGGGCGACUAUUUACUGGAUUGCCUGACAAUAUACUAUGUCAGUAUAUUUGCUCUUGUAAUGAAAUGACUGCUGUUGCCUUUUAUCUGUUGGAGUUGUUUUUGUCAAGACAAAGAGCACAACUGGGGGAAAAAAAGUAGUAAAGCGUUUCUGCACCACUAACGGGUGUUUGUCUCCCACUGCCAACUAUAAUAACCUUCAGAUUAAUUUAAGCAAAAAACAACACACCGAGUCAUGGCUAGGCAAUCUUUCUUUUUUUCUUACUCUAAAUACUGCUGUAAGGGCAAUUUGUUCUGUACAAUCAAAGGGCUCCUUUAAAACCAAAACAAGGGAAUGCUUGGUUACAUUGUAACCCUGGUUCUCUGAGUGUAGAGACUCUCUCUCCACUCUACUACGUAUUCCAUUUAUGAGUUGGAGAGAUAGUCUGGACAUAAUAGAGAACACUCGUCCAUACUCAGAUGCGUCAAAUGUUUUUUGUUACCAAAAUUACUGAAGUUUAUUUAUUUAUUUAUUGUGACUAAAAGUUGACUAAAGGGUCUAAAUCUGGUGCCGGUAUUUGCUAUUGGACGUUCUGAUGAUGUAGAUAUAGUUGUACAGAUGUACAAGCAGGAUACAAGCUGCUAUCUGGACUAUUGUUCAGAUGGACUGCAAAUGCACUCUUUCCUCUUCACUUUAGAAGAGCCUCAUACAGGUUUAAGUGGCCAAUACAGCUGAUAAAUGAGACAUAUGCAUUUUUUAACUGCAAGUAAAUUGUUUUUAAUGUAGACUUUGAAAAAAAUCUUAUUACCUCUGUAACUCUCCGGGCCUGUUGGUUAACAUGUCAGGGAAACUCUGGUAACGCUGCAUUUGCACAAAAGUAGUAUUCGGAAACAUUUAUGUGUGAUUUUUUUUCUUUAUUGGCAGCGAUCAUGAUUUGUUGUCCAAAAGUCCAUAGUAAUGAAUGAUGAACCACCAAAUCUUUAGUAAAAAUCAGUGUUUGAUUGACACGAGAUCUACUGCCGAACUGAAAUGUUUGUACCCAACAUUAAAAAGAUUAAAGAAAAGUACCAGAUUCAACACUGGUUUGAUUUUCAAGAAGCCAUAAAAAGUCUGAGGUGAACAUGCUGGCUUCUAUGUGAGACUUUUGUUUUUUAUUGAAAACCACCCAACUCCACUCCCCAAGGCAUUCAGUUAUGCUUUAAAUCACUUACGAGAGCUUCUUGACUGGAAGCCACCUGCUUAGGAAUAUAAUCUGUCAAAAGCGCACGACUCCAAACAGUUCAGAUUUACCCUGCGGCUCACAUGCGAGAAACUUGAGACAACAACAGUCACGUGGAGAUUAUUACUAGUGCAACUACCCAAAUGAUUUAUCACAUGAGAUAAAAUGACAAGGACUGCAAAGCUUUGUUGUGCAACGCAGCUUUAUUUUUUUGUACUGUUCCACUGCUUUACAGAUGUCUAUAAAGUGACAAUGAUGUAUAAAAUCUGUACAGCGUUUGUAAAAAGUACACGAUUAACUUGAAGAUCUCUGCUUUCUAUCCAGUUGUAUGAAAAUUUAAAAAAAGCAAACAAGAAUAGCUCUAUCUCUACUUUGUAGCAUAAGUACUAGUACCUUAUAAGUUUUGUACCAAUAAAAAGAGAAGCCCUUUUUUGCA